GAAAGAGCGUGUGGUGGACUAACCGUCGAGACAAAGACGCUGCUGUUGAAUUAAACGGCUCUUUUUUUGGCUCCUGCUCACAUCUCGAGCUCAACUUGUGACGUGUGACUAUAGCUCAAGUUGUAAAUUAGCUAGCUCCGCUCCUCCAUUAGCGUCACCAGUUUCAUCAUCUUUCUCUGCUUCCGCUCUCGUUAUUAUUUCAUCUUACGUUACAUUUACAACCAGCUUUAUCGGGCAGCGUUAAACCGACAGUGGUUUCAUUCACCGUGUCGUGGUCCUGGCUCUAUUUCUACAUGCACAAGUGAAGAAAGUGAGGCUGGACUGUCCCGGCAUCUGACCCGCCUGCUGCUGAGCUGCAGCCCGUCGCUCCGGGUCUCUCAGUGGGGUCUCGGCACAGAGCCAGCACCGGAGAGAUCACCGUAAGCUGUGAUUUCUACUUGAAGUUGUGAGUCCUGAUCUCUGUGCACCUGGUCUGGCCUUUUCGUCCCCUCUUCUUCUUCGUCUUCCUCGCGAGCAGACAUGCCUCCAGCGCCGGCUGGGCCUGUGGUGUACACCCCUCCUGAAGGUGGCUGGGGCUGGGCGGUGGUGCUGGGGGCCUUCAUCUCCAUCGGCUUCUCCUACGCCUUCCCCAAGUCCAUCACUGUGUUCUUCAAAGAGAUCGAGGUCAUCUUUGAUGCCACACCCAGUCAGGUGUCCUGGAUCUCCUCCAUCAUGCUGGCUGUCAUGUAUGCUGGAGGUCCAAUCAGCAGCAUCCUUGUGAACAAAUUUGGCAGUCGACCAAUCAUCUUAGUCGGAGGGGUUCUGGCCUCGUCGGGACUCGUCACGGCCUCCUUCUGCAACACUGUGCCGCAGCUCUACUUCUUCAUAGGAGUAGUGGGAGGUUUGGGACUGGCGUUCAACUUGAAUCCAGCCCUCACCAUGAUCGGUAAAUACUUCUACAAGCGGCGUCCCAUCGCCAACGGCAUCGCGAUGGCAGGCAGCCCCGUGUUCCUGUCCACCCUGGCUCCUCUCAACUCGUGGCUGUACGAUGUGUUUGGCUGGAGAGGCAGUUUCCUCAUCCUGGGAGGACUGCUGCUCAACUGCUGCGUGGCCGGCGCCCUCAUGCGCCCCCUCGCACCCACACCGCAGCCGCCCACACUCGACUCGGAGGCGGACGAGGUCAAGGCAGUGGUGGAUUCGGUACAGCCGCAGCCUAAGAAGACGGUCCUGCAGACCAUCAACUCCUUCAUCGACCUGACGCUGUUCAAACACCGCGGCUUCCUGCUCUACCUGUUCGGCAAUGUCAUCAUGUUCUUCGGCCUCUUCGCUCCGCUCGUCUUCCUCUCUAACUACGCCAAGAGCAAGGACAUCAGCAAAGAGAAAGCGGCCUUCCUGCUGUCGGUGUUGGCAUUCGUCGACAUGUUCGCCCGGCCCUCCAUGGGCAUGCUGGCCAACACCAAGUGGAUCCGGCCCAGAAUACACUACUUCUUCGCCGCUGCCGUCCUCUACAACGGAGUGUGCCACGUGCUGGCGCCGCUGUCGGUGGACUACACGGGAUUUGUCGUGUACGCCAUCUUCUUCGGUUUUGCCUUUGGCUGGCUGAGCUCGGUGUUGUUUGAGACACUGAUGGACCUGGUGGGAGCUCAGAGGUUCUCCUCAGCCGUGGGUCUGGUCACCAUAGUGGAGUGUGGACCGGUGCUGCUGGGCCCACCGCUAACAGGUAGUUUCUAUAACUACUACCAGCACUAUGACUACACCUACAUCUCCUCCGGCAUCAUCCUCAUUGUCGCAAGUGUGGUCCUCUUUGUGGGGAUGGGCAUCAACUACCGCCUGCUGGCGCGAGAGAAGAAGAACGCGGAGAGAAAAGAGAGGGAGGAGGCCAAGGAGGAGCGAACCGCCAUGUUGGCGCCUCCCUCUUCGUCAAAAUCGGACGAGCCGGCGGAGGAGAAAGCGGGGUCAGCUGCUGUCAUGCUGGAUGAAGUUGCCAAGAUGGACGAGGACACAGUGUAGAAAACAAAAAACAGACUCAAGAAGGACGCACACACUUCACAAAAACACACACGAGAGUUGCAGCAGCCACACGUCGUCUUAAUAGAGAGAUACGAUCCGUGUACACAACCCUGAAGCCAUAGAAACUUACUUUUAUUUUUAAUAAAAGCUGAGAAUUGCUUUUCACCGCGUUGACACCUCUUUGACGUGCCUUUUGUGAACUCAAGUCUUCCACGAGUACACCAUUUAUAUAUAUUAUAUAAACACCAGAUAGAUGCACAACAGACAGAAUGACUGUAAGAUAAUAAUCCAGUAAACUAAUAAGGACUUUAGUCUCAGGGUCAGCCGGCCGUAAGGGUUCAGAACCUCUCACACUCAGACACACUCGACCUUGGUUCCGAGUCAAGCUGAGGCUCAAACGGUACAAAGGUACUGUACAUUUACCCUCACAUACUUACAUUGCUUCCCUUCUCAAGGGCUGGACAUGAAUUAAAAGGACGCAUUCAUAUUAAUGUAGAUACAGUAAAUCUGUUCACACGUUAUAUCAGAGGGCAAAAUUCCCAGUUUUUUUUUAUGUAGAUUUAUGCUCAAAAAUGAAGAAUGAUUUGGGUGGAAGUUCAUCACCAGAGGGAGUCGUAUACAUACACAGCACAAAAUGCUUAACAGUGCAGAUAUAGGAAAGUAAGGAAGUUAAGAACUAAUGUAGGAAUCUUUUGAAAAGUCUUGCGGGUCACAGUGCAGACUCACUGUUAACGUUUGCUUGUACAUAAAUAUUUGUGCACUUUGUGUGUAAUUCUGUGUUCUACGCCCUCCAACCAGAGCAGCUCGUGCGUCGUCGUGCUGAUAAAGACACGUUGGAAGGAAACGUGGUCACACGGUGACGCCCCACAGACCUACCUGCUGUGUAACCAGCAGUCACGAUAUUAAAUUACACCACGCGCUGUUCUUCUUUUUUCCGGAGGGGACGGGUAAAAGGCUAUUGUUGAACCAGAUGUACGAGUUGAUGAGGUGUGUAUGUGGUGCUCUGAACGGCCCGGCUGUGGUGCCAAAUUUGGGGGGGGAAACUAAAUCGCUCACAAUCUUAAAUUUUCAUAAUAUUGGAUUAUAUGAGUUGCGUUCCUGAUAGUGGUUUUUUUUUUAUUAUUAUUGCGAAUAACACAUUGUAGUUUACAGUUAUAUCAACAAACCUUUGUGAUCUUAAAAAAAAAAUCUAUUUUAGCAAAUUAUUUAAUGACAAUCUUGACAAGUAUUGGAUUUUGAAUUGUUGAGUGAAUGAAAGGAGGGAGAGCGAGAGAGCAGACAGUUUAAACUGGAGCCAGAUUUCAUCAUUUAAUUUGUUUUUAAAUGAUCAAACAGGUCUCACAGUUUGUCUCUGAACUGAACAGAAUGUGUCAUAUCAGAUCUGUAAUGUUUUUAGCUCAGCUUCUGCAUUGAUCAGUGAGUGGUUUACUGCAAACAAGUUGUUGAGUUCAGACUGAAGGGAACAGAAGACACGAGACCUCUUAAGCCCGAAUAGACGUAUUUUCAUUUUGGGGAAAAUAAAUACACGUUUUGAAUAAUUCACAAUUUGGUAUAUGAGUUUUAACUUCUUUUUUUAAUUCCUCUAAAUAUUGCUUGGUGGAGAAUGUUUAAAUGGAUAGUUUGGCUGUGUUGCAGUGGGGUUGUAUGAGGUACUCAGUCAGUGUGUAGAUGUCAGGAGUAGCAGCAAAGUGAUGCUGUGGACGGGGCCGCCUAAAAACAAAUCAAUCGGUUUGAGUGUACGCUAUAGUUAGAAUAUUUUCCCCGCUUAACCUUGCUGUCAGACAGCCCUGUCCGACGGGGAACUGAAGCUGUGAAAUCCAUCUUUGUGUCAUUUUAGCAGGCAGACCUCGGUAGUUGCCGGUCUAGCGCUGCCUUCAUCUGUCAUUUAGUUUGUGUUCUAGUGUGACUUCAGUGUUGAAGGUUCAGUUUGGAUUCACACAAUAGCACAAACAAACUAAUAUCUUUAUCUGGUAUCACACCUUCAGUCCCCCAUCAGAAAGGGCUGUCUGACAGCACGGUAUAUAAAAUCUAUAAAUAUAGCUUACUCUUAAACUGAUAUUAUAUUUCUAGGUCUCUAUAAUACACUGACUAUGGCAAGUAGCUUAUACAACCCCACUUUAAACAAAACUGAACUGUAAUUAUUACUAAACAUUUUGUUUACAACUUUGAAAAUAAGUAAUCAUUUUGAAGGAUGUUUAUAACUUUGUUGUUGUUGUUUCACUACAGACUUAGACGGUUAGGAUGGGGAUGAAUAUUUUUAUAUUUUUUUUUAUUUUUGCCAACAAAUCCCACAAAGACUAAAACCAAUAAUUAAUUUGAUUCUACUCACAAGUAUUGUCUGUGUAUCAAUGCCUGGGGUAUUUAAUAUUGUUUAUUUUGAGUCCCACAUACACUGCUCUGUUCUCACUAAUGUGUAUUAAUUUGCUGAAAAAAAUGGUCCCAAACUAAUGCACUAUGUUACUUAAAACUCCCCAGCUGUUUAGGGAGAUAUGUGUUUAUUUGUAAGCUGUUUUAAUGAAUUUACAGAACCACAGACAGGAAGAGGAAACUAGAAAGAGAGAUGGACUGACAGGAUUUGUUAACAAUAACAAAAAUAUAGAAUAUAACCAGCUUUGUCUUUUAUAAUCUAAAAAAAAUGUAAAUUGUUCAAAUGAAAAAUACAACGGUUAUGUCUCUGUAAUGGAA